CCCAUCUUUGAAGUUCUAGUGCACCUCUUCGUCUUCGCGAUCAUUCAAAUAUUCAAAUUUAAAGGAAAAAUUGUUUUUUUUUUCGAUCACUGCCGCGUUCUAAUGAUUUUCAAUUAAUAAAGACAGAUCGAAUAAAUUUUUAUUCAUAAUGAAUUCCCUAGAUCACACGCCCUUGCGCUACAAAAAUCGAUCAUCUAUGCAACAUUUUUUUAAUAAAAAUUUAAGUAAAAGCUCCUAUGGCCAAAAUCAGCAUUUGAUGUCCCAUUCCCAUGGCCACCACUCAAGAAGGUUCAGGGAAACAAACAAUAGUUACGAUGUAUUUCCAGUUGUAAAAACCCCGCCAACCAAACGCUUCUCAAAAGUUGUGAAUCCAUUUGAGGCAGCUCUAACAGAACGCCUGCAUUUGCCAAUUAUCGGAAGUCCUACGCUAUUCCAACGUCCGCCCACGCCACAACAUUCGUCUACUCAAUUUGCAUGGACCAUCGACGACGUGUCUUCAUUGCAACCCGCCAAUGUGGAACCUCAUGAAACACAAUUUCACGAUUCGCCCGACCCGGAGUUUGAAGCCAAAGCUCAGUCGGCUAUUAGUUCGUUCUUCAAAGAGCAACAAAUUGUUCCUAGCCCAAUUGACUGUCCGUUGCGCAGCCAACGCAUUAUUCUCUCCGAAACCACUGGCACCACUCCGAUCUCCAAGCCAGGACGCCGAAUACGUGAUAACUUUGCUCAAACAGUCCUUUCCCUUCCACCAACAUUACCAAAGGAAUUGGAGGCUGCAUUGGCUCCGUAUUUCAUGUUUACUGAGUGCCAGCAGAGCACAAGCAAUUUGGCUGAUACUUCCAUCAGUGCCAUUGAAUACGAUAUCCGGGACGCAUCUCUAAGACGAAAGUUGUUUGACUACCAGGGCAUUUCGUCCAUUGAGGAUGAAACAUUCGCGGGUGUAGAAAGUUGCCAGCUUACUACCAGCAGUCCUCCACCGCAAUCCCCGGAAGUCAUAAAAUCCAAAGCCGCCAAAAUUGACGAUGCUUUCUUCAAAUCAAGACUAUCCGAUCCCAUGGAAAAGAGUUCUUUUGGGUCUCUCUCACCAAUUGCCCAAAGCUCUUCGCCUACAGAUUUAGAGCCCAGAUCACAAAUUUGUGUUUCCAAGAAUGUGGUUGCGUCGUCAUUGCGCCAAACUUUUUUAUUCGAUAACUAUAGAUGCCCAAAAAUGGAAGAUUUUGCUAGUCCCCUUGCCAAGAGGUCGCCCGUAUACCUUUUCACAACUCCAGAACGGAGCACGGCUUAUCAGGGCUCUUCGCCACCUUAUCGAGUGAGUGAAAAGAGCGACUCUGCAUUUAGCAUUAGGAUUAGCGGGCUUCUUGUUGAUACAACAAAGAGAUCACGUGCAUCUGCAGAACUUGACUUAUUUGCUGACGAAACGCAAGACAUCGACGAAGACGAAAUGCAAGUUAGCCAGUUGUCUGCUAUAAGCAACAUUUCCUCGGAAUCUGACACGCCGCGAAGCAAACGACGUUCGGCAAGCAGAAAAAACCUCUCCCAGUCGUUCACAAGCCAGCGCGUUUCGAACGACAUCACAAAUGAGAGUCUACAAAUAGAUUCUUUGGAAGUAAAUAAGAUAUAUGUUCCAGCACAUCAGAGUACCGAAGUAAAUACGAAAACCCAUUUAUCAGCUUCUGGACACUCGGUGCUUUAUCGUACUGACAGUGGAUUCAAUGAGAUGACCAAUACUAGCAGCACACAAUUUGAUGGAAAGCCCCACUUUCAACUAUCAGGAGAGGAAGAAAAGACUACACAUCAGAACGAUUGUGAUGCUGAUGUGAGUAUGAUUUGCUGCUCAACGCCAUCUAAGCACUCCGCCAUGCCUUAACGGCGAGAGAAGCGCUAGACAUAAGUUAUCUUUAGAAUAAUAACAUUUUUGUUGCAAUUAGAAUAAUUUUUAUAUGAAAUAAGUUGCCAACGAUUGUAGAGAUUUUAUUAUUGAAUUUGAAUUGUUAUAAUGAAUUAUUGCAAUAUCUAAUUGUGUUUUUACUACUAGCAACAAGUGUCAUACGUUUUAAUGUUUUUAAGAUACAACCACCAUUUUAUUGAUCAAUCAAUCAGUUUAGGUUGAAGCUACUUAGAUACUAUAUAAAUUGAGAUUAAAUAAGAAAAAUACACGAAAUAUCCGUUUCAAGAUUUUCUCAUUUCAUUAUUAUUAGAAAGUUCUCACAAAGGGUACAUUAAUAUGAACAAGAGAAAAAAAAAUGGCGACGGUUAAAAUGACGCCACAGAAAAGGUCGCUUUUCAAAACCAAGAAAUUUGGAAGGCGAACAAAUAUUUUCUAUGGAAAUUUGGCAAUGCGUUAAAAUUAAUCUUGAAUACAGUUCAUUAUUCUUAAAACGUUGGUGGGAGAAUCCCAAUGGAGCGUGAUCGUUAUUUUGAAGAAAAAUAUUUUUAGUUCUGUAAUGUUUUAGGUUUUAAGAUUGUUGAUUGAAAAAUAGACUAAAUACAAAUACAAUGUUCUAACAUUCCAGUUCGCUCUUGAUAGUCCGGUAUUCAAGGUUCACCCUGUUGAGUUCCCUGUGAUGGAUCCUCUAGAGGCGCUUUCUCAGCCUUUGGAAUAUUUUUAGUUCUUAAAUGUUUUAGGUUUUAAGAUUGUUGAUUGAAAAAUAGACUUAAUACAAUUUUUAAAAAUCUAGCUAAUAAGAUUAUCAUAACUAGUACCACCCAGAGGUACAAAGGCGACCAUACUAAAAUUACAUGUAAUCAGACCUUAAAUUAUAAUUGAAAAGAAAUUAUAUUUUUUUAAUUAAAUUUUUGAAUUAUAAGCUUUGCAAAAUACGUCUUAACAAAAAAGUGUGUUUUAAGAAACAAAUUUAUUUUGUCUUUCUUUUUUUUAAUUCAUUUUUAUUAAUUCAUUCUUAAAAGCUAGACAAAAAUUCAUAAAACAAGCCUAAUCCAUAAAUUACAACUAAAUUAAUGGUCCCAUACGGACACUCUACUUAAAACUAAUGCCUUUCGGCUCUAAGAUCUAUUUUACUUCAUUUAAAUUUUAUUUAUUUUUGUAUUUAUUAGAAAAUUUAAAAAAAAAAUAAUAUCAAUAUCCUUUUUUAUCUUUACUUACAAACUACUUAAAAUAAGGUCCUUAAAUAAAACUUAAAACUAACUUAAACUACCUAUUCUACCUAUAAACUACUUAAAGAAACUUGACCUUAAAUUUUGUCUUUCUUUUUGUUUAACAUACAAACAUUGUAAAGACAACAUCGUAAAAGUUUCCGAUUUAUGAUGAAAUUUACUAGAUUUGAAAUGCAAAUUUAUAUAGCUUCGUCUUCUCGUAUUGAAUUAUUUGAUUUUAUUUUUUUCGGUUUGGAAGAUACCAAAUAUUAAAGACAUUUUAGACCAUAUAAACUUCACUCCUAAAUAAUGGCGAAACCCUAUAUUAAUGCCCCUGAGAAUCUUUAGUUGCAAAGCUACAUAAGAAGCACUUGAAAUUUGAAGUAUUACUAUUAUGAUUAAUAUAACUACUAGCACAAGCUACCAGAGAUUUUAAAAAGAGAUUAUAAGGCUAUUUAGAUACAAAAUCACAAUGCCUAGGGCUAUCAGAGCUCGGAAAUAAUCAUCGGCUGAUAUUAUAAUCGAAGGAACAUAAUAUGUAAGCACUACGUAUAAUAUUUUUUCAAUUAUCUUUAAAAAGUCAAAUUUUAGUAUAAAUAAAAGUUACAAAAAUGCAAACAGAAUAUAAUUCCGGUAAAAUUCACUAAAAACACGAACGACAUAUGUACACACAUUUUCAAAUGUAUUUUAUUUGAAUUCUUUCCCUUAUGAAAUAAGGUUUGUUUAGUUUCUGUUUAAAAAAAACUUAUUUAAAACGCAAAGAAUUGCAGUUUUUGAAUCUACAAUUCUAUAACUUAAAAACCUUUCCUCGAUAUUUACAUAUAACUUUUACAGCGGAUUAUGGCCUUUGAGAAGACUUUUUUAUUCAAUUACGCAUAUGUAAAAUGUAUGGUAGCGUUCUUAUCCUCAUAAGUAUACAAUUAUUUUUACUUUCCAUCUUAUUGUCAUUGUUUAAGUC